AAACCCCCGGGCCACUGCCUCCUCAACCCUAAACCCUCUGUCUCCCUCUCUCGGCGGCGGCGCCGCCCUCCGCUCUCCGGCCGGGCCCCCUGUCCCUCUCGCCCGCCCACGUCCCUCCGGCGGGGCCCUGCGUAAGCCCGCCGCCUCCGCCGCCACUACCUCCCUCAAUCCCGACGCCUCUGCCUCCGACUCGAAAGCGCCGCCGCUGCUCUCCCCGCGCCACGCCGCCGGUCUCCCGGGUCGACAGGAAGCUCACUGCGGUGCCGCCUCCGGAAGACGCUCCGGCUGCCGUCCCUGUAGGUUUCGGCCUGCUCGUGCCCUCGGGAAUCCGGCGAGGAGGAAGGGCGCACGCGCGGGGUCUGGCAUGGCCGACUUGCGGGGUAUUGAGGCAGCAUCAGAGGAAGUGGAUUCGAUCCACUUCAGCUUCUAUAGUGAUGAUGAAAUUAAGAGGAUCAGUGUUAAAAAGAUCACCAAGUCAGAGCGCCUUGAUGCCAAAAACCAUCCUGUGCCAGGUGGAUUACUUGAUCCUGCAAUGGGACCCAUCAAUGAUACUGAUACAUGCAAGUGUUGUGGUCAGCAUUCUGCUCGUUGCCCUGGUCACUUCGGCCACAUUGAGUUGGCAAAACCAUUGUUCAACCCUUUGCUGUUUAUGAGUCUGACAAACCUUCUCCAUGCCACUUGUUUCCAUUGUCACAAGUUCCGUUUGAACAAGGAACAGGUUGACAGAUAUGUGAAUGAACUUGAACUGUUAGUAAAGGGUGAUAUUGCUCGCGCUAAAAAUUUGGAAGACUCAGGUAAAGAAGCAUCUCUUUCAGAGGAAGAUGAAGACACUACUGAGGCCACUUCGGGUGAUAAAUCAUCUCCUGAGAAAGACAAGAAAACCUGGACAUCAAUCCAACUGAAAGAGAUUUUGUCUAUUUUUUCCAAGAUAAUGAAAAAGAGAGCGAAGAAGUGUGCAAACUGCGACAUGAAGAAUCCAUCAAUCUCAAGUCCUAUAUUUGGCUGGCUGGUCAAGGACAGAAGUGCUUCUGCUGUAAGAGCAAAUGCAAUUGCCGACUUUAAACUUAAGGGAGAUGGCAGUGCUCCCAACUCAGGGGAAACUGGGGUUUCUGGUCUUGACGAAAAACCAACUUCACCUCAGUCCAAAGGAUCAAUCAAUGAAGGUAGACACCUUUCUGAUGACAGUAUUAAAGAAAUGGUGGCAUCAUCAGGAAAGAAGCAUCUAUUGCCUACAGAGGUUGAAAUUAUUCUCAAGGACUUGUGGAAAAAUGAAGCCAAGUUCUGCAUGUUACUUUGUGACUUCCAGCAGAAUACAUUAAGUGUAUCAGAAAAGAGAAGGGGCUAUGAGAUGUUUUUCUUGAAUAGUCUACUUGUUGCGCCAAAUAGAUUCCGUCCGUCAACUAGCUCUAGUCUUGGAAUUAUGGAACAUCCCCAAAAUGUUCUGCUAAGUAAAGUGCAAGAAGCCAAUCUUUUGCUACAGAAUAACAGUGCCGGUUCUAAUCAUAUGGAUGUUCUUAGAAGAUGGAUGGAUCUACAACGAAGUGUAAAUGUGUUAUAUGAUAGUAGCAAAGGCCUCGCAAAAAGCGAGAAGAAUGCUCAUGGUAUACGGCAAUUAUUAGAAAAGAAAGAAGGAGUUCUUCGACAGAAGAUGAUGGGGAAGAGGGUUAAUUAUGCAUGCCGAUCUGUUAUAUCUCCAGAUCCGUAUUUGGCUGUUAAUGAAAUUGGCAUUCCUCCUGUUUUUGCAACACGGUUGACGUAUCCUGAGAAAGUAACACCCUGGAAUGCAAAAAAACUACAAGAAGCUGUAAGAAAUGGUGCUGAUGUUCACCCAGGUGCAACACAUUACAGGGACAAUGAUAACAUGUAUAAGUUACAGGCAGCUCCUGCCAAACGCCGUGCCAUUUCUAAGCUGCUACCUGCGUCCAGAGGAUCAAUUUCUCAGCUAGGGAAAGACCCUAAUUGCGAAUUUGAAAGCAAGGUUGUAUAUCGACAUCUUCAGGAUGGUGACAUUGUACUUGUCAAUAGGCAGCCUACUCUUCACAAGCCCAGCAUGAUGGCUCAUUUUGUUCGUGUGUUGCCUGGAGAAAAGACGAUACGAAUGCACUAUGCCAAUUGCAGCACCUACAAUGCUGAUUUUGAUGGAGAUGAGAUGAAUGUGCACUUCCCACAAGAUGAAAUAUCUCGUUCUGAGGCUAUGAAUAUUGUUGACGCAAACAAGCAAUACAUUGGUCCUAGGAGUGGGGAUGCUGUCAGAGGUCUCAUACAGGACCACAUUGUUGGUGCUGUACUACUGACAAAACAGGACACUCUUCUAAGCCGUGAAGAAUAUAGUCAGCUUGUCUAUGGGUCUUGCAUGCCCUCAAAUUGUGGCCCUCAUCAACCUGGUACAAAAGUGUCUGCUAUUAAGGAUGGUGGUGCACUAGAACUUGUUCCUCCUGCUAUUUUGAGACCAAAGCCCUUAUGGACAGGAAAACAGGUUAUAACAACCAUCUUGAAUCAUUUAACAAAAGGUCGUCAUCCAUUUACUGUGGAGCAGAAGGGAAAAAUAACAAAAGAAUUUCUAAUCCCUGGAGAACUCCAUGAUGCUAAGGAUAAAGACCCUUCUGCUGAAGAAGAAGAAAUAAAAAAAGAUAUUUCUGAGCUGGUUUUAUAUGUUCGUGGUAAUGAGCUCAUAAAGGGCAUGAUAGAUAAGGCCCAGUUCGGGAAGUACGGCAUAGUUCAUACAGUUCAUGAAUUCUAUGGUGCAGAUACAGCUGGAAUACUGCUCUCAACAUUCAGCCGCUUGUUUACGCUUUUCUUGCAGUUGCAUGGGUUUACUUGUGGGAUAGAUGACCUGCUACUACGCCAACAAUCCAACAAAACUAGAAUGGAAAUUCUCGCUGAAAGUGAAAAGUGUAGUGAAAUUGUCCACAAGAAAUUUACACAAAGAACUGAAGAGGGUCUUGAAGACCCGAUAUUGCGAAUGGAGGUGGAGAAAGUUAUAAGAAGUAAUGGUGAAUUUGCCACAGUUAAGUUGGACAGAAUGAUGAGUAAUGAACUAAAUGAAAUAACGUCUGUAGCCAAUAAAAAAUUAUUGCCUUAUGGUCUACAAAAGCCUUUUCCUGGAAAUUGUCUCUCCCUUAUGACUGCAACUGGAGCUAAAGGUGGCAUGGUCAACAUGACACAAAUAUCAUCAUUGCUAGGCCAGCAAGCGUUAGAAGGAAAGCGUGUUCCACGGAUGGUUUCUGGGAAGACUUUGCCAUGCUUUCCGCCAUGGGAUACUUCUUCAAGAGCUGGCGGUUUCAUCUGUGAUCGAUUUUUAACUGGUUUGCGCCCUCAAGAGUAUUACUUUCACUGUAUGGCAGGCAGAGAGGGGUUGGUUGACACAGCAGUCAAGACAUCCCGCAGUGGAUAUCUUCAGCGUUGUCUUAUUAAAUGUCUGGAAUCGUUGAAAGUCUCAUACGAUCACACUGUACGGGAUGUUGAUGGAUCAAUUGUACAGUUCUGCUAUGGAGAAGAUGGAGUUGACGUGCUGAAAACUAGCUUUCUCAACAAGUUCAAAGAACUUGCUGAUAACAAAAAAGUUGUCCUUGACAAGAUAGGUGGCCAUAAUCAGAUAUCCUUUGACCAGAAAGGAGAAAAGAAUGAGCAGUUACCAAACUUUAAUUGCUACAUUACUGAACUGCCUAAGAAGUUGAGUGAUGAAGCAGCCACGUUUCUUCAGGUAUCAAAGGAAAAGAAAAGCUGUGACAUUGAUGAGGAGGAACUACUGAAGUUACUGAAAAUCAAAUACAUAUAUAGUCUUGUAGAUCCAGGUGAGGCUGUUGGUGUGGUUGCUGCUCAGUCAAUAGGAGAACCUUCAACGCAGAUGACGCUCAACACUUUUCAUCUUGCUGGAAGGGGUGAGAUGAAUGUAACACUUGGUAUACCUCGUUUAAAAGAAAUUCUGAUGACUGCAUCAGCUAAUAUUAGUACGCCUUUUAUGAAGUGUCCUCUGCUUAAAGAAAAGACUAGGGGUGAUGCUGAGCGGGUGGCUGCAAAGUUUAGAAGAGUUUGUGUGGCUCAUAUAGUGGAGAAAAUUGAAGUAUGCACAGUUCCUUUUUACAACAAUAAUGGGCAUGUUUCGACCCUGUACAAGCUACAAAUGAAACUUUACCCCCAGGAGCGUUACCCUCUAUCGGAUCUUACUGUAGAUGAGUGUCAGACAACCUUGAGAAAAGUUUUUGUUGAUGCAAUGGAACAUGCAAUUGAUAAGCAUCUAGAUCUGCUACGCAAAAUUAAUAAAAUCCGUGAUGUUAAGGUAGAAGAUACAGAGGGCUCAUUAUCAGAUGGUGGUGAAGAAUCUGAAAGUGGACAUGCUGAUGGUGAAGACACUGGUAUGAGUGAUGGUGAUGAUGAAAAUGAUGAUGAAGAUGAUUUGGGAGCUGAUGCAGAAAAGAGGAAACGACAAGAGAAAGAUGAGAUGGAGUAUGAUGAUGAUACUGAAAACGAAGGGGAAAUAGAUAGUGAAUCUGAGGAAGUGACCAACAUUAAACGUCAGAGUGAGGAGGAUCCUGCUGAGUCAGGUGACGAUUUGCAAGAGGCUGAGGAAGAACACAAAACCUCAAAGUCUGAGAUGACUUCAGUGGGCGAAGUGUCAUAUUCUUCCAAAAAGGGGGCAAAUUCAAAAGAUAAGCACAAGGCAGCUAAACUUCAAGAAAAAAUGCAAACUGAUGGUAAAUCAGAUGAGAGUAAACCGGAUCAAAUAACUUAUAAGCGUGGGAAAAAAAUACAACGGACUGUCCAUGUUGAAUCCAAAGGUUUGGAUUUUGAGAUUCACUACGCCUUUCAUGAUGAACCUCACAUUUUACUAGCACAGAUUGCCCAGAAGACAGCUAGGACUAUUUUUGUGAAGGCCUGCGAUAACAUUGACCAAUGUUCAGUCUUGCCAAGGGAUGAUAGCCCUCCUAUGUAUCUGGAAACGUCCGGAGUGAACUUUGAACUUUUCUGGAACCUUACAGACUACAUCAGCAUCAAUGAGAUCAGGUCAAACGACAUCCAUGCAAUGCUGAAGACAUAUGGGGUGGAGGCUGCACGGGCCACCAUCAUCCAGGAAGUGAGUGGCGUGUUCGGCGUCUACGGCAUCGAAGUGGACAUGAGGCACCUGAGCAUGAUCGCUGACUUCAUGACCUUUGACGGCGGGUUCCGGCCCAUGAACAGGCUGGGGAUGGGCCAGUUGAGCACCUCACCGUUUGGCAAGAUGACGUUCGAGACGGCGACCAAGUUCAUCGUCGAUGCGGCCACGCAUGGGGAGGCGGACUCACUAGAGUGCCCCUCGGCCAGUGUCUGCCUCGGGAAGCCAGCCAAGGUGGGGACGGGGACCUUUGGUUUGCUACAGAACCUUGGCGUGGAGCAGCCCAUGAUGUAAGCCUGGUUGGUUCCACAAAUUUUGGCCCACGCUGCUUGUAGGAAAGAAAAAGGUAGGAUAUUUUUAUGGUUGCUGGUCUUGCUGCUUCCGUGGGAGCACCGUGAAGCUGUUGAGACCGUGCGCUAAGAUAUAGGAAGCUAUGUUCUGUAGAUUGAAUAUUUAUGUGUAAUGCUGGUAUUGACGGUGUAGGCUAUCUCUGGAGUGUGUGUGGAAUUGCCGUUUUGUUGCGCGGGUAUCGUUUUCGAUGCUGUUUA